GGGCUGCAGCCCUCGGACUUAAAAGCCGCCGCAGCACCACCUACGCGCCACAAGUCGCGCGGACAGACAAGCGACCCGAACCCGCGUCGCAGCUGCCGAACCGACCGACAUCACCUGCAAACGACACCUCGCGAGCCAAUAGCUAUGCAGCGAGUUUUACUGCUGCUGCUGGCCGUCGCGACAUGGGACGCCUGGGCCGCGUCCAUCCCUUUCGACGAGGGAUCUGACAGCCUGAGAGGAGCCCUCGAGGCUUUGGACCGCAGACAACGAGCCCUCCAGCAGAGGCCGCAAUACGUGCAAAGACAGCAUGCCAACAGGCUCCCGCGGGAUAAGAAGGACAACGACGGAGAAGACGACUCGGUGGAGCUCAUCAACGACGACGGUCAGCCGGAGGACAUCGGCUAUGGUUACCAGCGCGAACGUCAACCGGGAAAGUUGUCGCCGGAGCAGCUGAAGCAGGCCAUGUUGGCCGUGCUUGGAGAUCAAGACGACGAGCCGGACAACGAGGGCGAGGACUACAGUGACGAUGAGGAAAAGCGCGGAGCGCCCGCCUCCAUGUUCCGCGAACGCAACCAGCAAAUCAAGCAGCACCACCGCAAACGAACCUCCGACUCGACGGCCGAGGAGGAGCGCAAGUACCGCCACCUGCUCGCCGCCCUCUGGGACAAGUACCAGGCCGAGGAGCAACAGGAAGCAAAACGGCAGGGUGGAGACUACGGCUAUGAAGGCUACGACUUUUACAACUCGCCCAUGGCCUGGGGCUCAAGCCACUUUGACGGAGUGAAGCGCAACUACGGCUAUAACGAAGGCUACGACAUGUACAACUCGCCGAUGGCAUGGGGCGACGGCCACUUUGAGGGCUACAAGAAGCGCAGCGCCGAGGACGACCCCUGGUACCCUGCCUAUAACCGGCUGCCCAACAAGCGGAUCACCCUGAGGAAGCGUAGCUCAAGCCCACCAUUGCACCAGGAAACCGACGAGAAGACCAAGGCCGAGUUGGCGGAGAUUUUCGACAAGAAGCAGCCGUCCAACAGCGUCAACCACAAGCAGACGCCGGUGACCACUGUCAAGCCUGUGGCCAGCAUCAGCACAGAAAAGCCGCAACAGAAGGUGAUCAAGAAGAAGUCUGUGGACUGGAGCCAGUACUUUGGCAUGGACAAGCGAAGGAGUCUGGACGAGAUGGACGACGACGAGAGGAAAAUGAUGGAGCGCUACUACCGCACCUUCGCCCUGGCCACCACCCUGAAGCGGAAGCGCAGCACCCCGAUUACCGUGCAGAGCGGCGAUCCCAAGCUGGACGACAUGGAGCACAAACUGAGGGUCAUGGAGGACCUCAUCGUGGACGAGGCGGUCAAGUACACCGGCGCCCACCAGGGCACUGACGACCCCGUAGAUGUGAAGAAAGUCAAGGACCAAGUUUUAAAGCAAUUAGCCGCAGCAUACAGUUUGGAAAAAAUGAGGCAGGGCCUUGCUGAGUUCCGCUCAAGUUUGAAUGAGAAUUCUGAGGAGAAAAGGUCCAUUCGGAAGUAAUUUAUUAAUUGGUGGGGAUUUACGACGUUUAAACAACAAAAUUUAAAUUGGAUCAACUGCGGGCGCAGAGUUGCUGACGACGAGAGUUUUACAAGUGUCGCACACGCUGACGAGGUCGUCUUUCAAGUGCAACGCUAAAACCAACCCCCAGCGUGAUUUUAGAGUGCAAGAGACGACCUCCUGAGAGAUGCUCCACUUGUAAAUUGGAUUCUGACCGCGAUAUUUUGAAACUCUUCAACAGGCACACGUCUAAAUUUUGAAUAAAAGGUCAUUGUGUCUUUAACCAAAGUGUACUGUUAAAUUUAAACGGCUAUAGCUCCCUUCUCUAUAGGUGUUCCGAUUCUCUAUUCAAAACCAUUCUAUUAAAAAAUGCAUUCAUGAAAAAGGAAUAACUUGGUGUCUUUUGGUGAAUGUGUACAUAUAACUUAUGUGCUUUAACCAAAGUGUAAUUCAGUGAAUUAAUUAUAAAUGGAUUGUUAUGCAUGUGCUUUCGAGAUUGUUCCUUCUCGCAUUUGGUACUAUAUAUAGAAUAUUCUACAUCAGAUACCCUUAUUACAUUGAUAUACGCUUGCGUUUUAAAGCAGAGAUAACGAUAUAAAAAUAGACAGCAAUAUACACAACUAUUUUUGACGUAUUUGGAUUAUUUAGUUUAACUUUAAGACAUGAUGGUCAACAAUAAUUGUAUAUUUUCGUAAUUGGCGCAUUUUGAGUGGCUGAACCAUGAAUCUGAAUGUUAAUUUCUAACCCUUUCAGCUCAUUAUAAAAGAAUGUUGUGCGCGCAAAUUCAUAAAAAAAAUACAGGAGAAUGACAUGAAUCAUGACAAUAAAAGAGAUGUUCAACACACAAAAGCGGUAGCUUACCAAGUGACAUUUUGGUUAAAUCCCGCACAGCUAUUUCAUUUGGAAAUGAUUUUGAAAUAAAUGUGCAUGUUUAUCCAAAUCUGAGAAUGAAAUAAAGUUAUUCGCCGUCGAAAAUCUGUCAAGAGAGGAAAAUAAAGAAACACACACACUCGCCCAUGAUAAUGUUGAAUCCCUUUAAAAUUCUAUAUUUAAUGUAAUAUUAUAACGACGUACUCAAAAUCUGUGUACAAGUGAAGCCUGAUGAAGCAGAGCAACAAUGGAAAAAGAAUUAAUAAAAAUUUGAUCUCAUAAAAGAG